AAACAGAGGAUGGGCAGUGUGACUGCACUUAAUUUUGGAUUGAUCAACAAAAUUGAAAGUAAUGAAAGCCGGGCGAUAAAAACAGCCAGGAACAUGAAGCAAAUGCUAAAACUGCUUAUUUAAAUGCAAUGGGCCAGUGUGAGAUAUAUGGUGAUCCACUUGUUUUCAGAUCAUCUGGUAUUGUGCGCCACCCGACAAUUGGAUACAUACGAGGUAGCCCUGAUGGAUUUGUAAGCUGCAAAUGCAAAACUUAUCCAAUGGAAAUCAAAUGUCCCUAUCACGCUAGAGAUAUGUCCAUAAAUGAGGUGGUUGAAUGUGGCAAACUAAAAUUCAUUAAUAAGGAGCAUAAUCUUCUUAUUUGUGAACAUGAUUACUUUGCCCAUGUCCAGGGCAUCAUGGGUCUUACAAAUGCAAAUAAUCUACAUUUCAUCGUUUGGACAACCAAUUUUGGGAUAAUCUACUGCUAAAUCUACAACUUUUUAAACCAAAAAUAAAAGUAUAUCUGGAAUUAUGUUGGUUUUAUGAGGACAUCAACAAUUUUUUGUUGUCAGAAACAUGACG